AUGGAGUUUUCCCAAGAGUUGAUAUCAAUAGCUGUAAUUGUUCUCGUUUGUUUCAUUCUAUCCAUUUGUUGCAUAUGUAUUUGGAUGUGUCGAUGUCGUCAGGAUCAGAUUCGUGCCAGUGAAGAUAAACAUGACAGAGCAGUUCAGUUACAGAACUUUGAGCAAGGUCAAGCCAAAAAUGGAACAGUUCAAGCAAGUCUUAAACCAGUUAGUCGUCUGAGUGUGAAUGACGUGGCAAGAUCAACGGAUAAUAUGAGAUCACAUAGAGAUGAAUCUGCAAGAAAUCAUGAGACUAUUGGACAAUACGAAGAACGAAUAGCUGGAAGUUCCUCAAUUUCAUCAAAUUCUAAUUCAAGAACAGGCGCAGCUGCUGGUAUAGCUCAACGAUUUAGAGAUGAAGAAACUGCAAAACACAAACGACUAGAUACAAUAUCUGAAAUUGCUAUGUCCAAUGAUUCACUACAACGCAACGAUUCAAAGACAAAUGUAUUCAACAAUAUUGAAGGCUCUCGUAAAACAAUAUCCCCGAUGGAAGUUGAUCUCAAUCCGGGUCUCAGCAGCUCGAUAAAUUUGGAGAAAAUCUGA